AUGAAGUUGACAAGCAGCUGCCAUGCUUCAAAAACACUAAAUGCCAGUAAUAUGGAGACAUUAAUUGAAUGUCGAUCAGAGGGUGACACCAAGGAACAUCCUCUGUUGGCAUCAUGUGAGAGCGAAGAUAGUCUUUGCCAGCUAAUUGAAAUUAAGAAGAGAAAGAAGGUGUUGAACUGGCUCUUUCUCAUGAGAAGGCUUUCUUCUUCAUCAGAUUUUUCUGGGGCUUCAGAGCCAGAAUUGAAGUCAUCCCUAUUUGAUCAGCCCUUGUCAGCUAUCUGCAGUGACAACGACACACCCCCCAGACCCAUUCAGGAUAUUCUCACUAUACUAUGCCUUAAAGGCCCUUCCACUGAAGGAAUAUUCAGGAAAGCAGCCAACGAGAAAGCCCGUAAAGAGCUUAAGGAGGAGCUCAACUCCGGAGGCGUGGUGGAUCUGAAAAGUCUCCCCGUGCACCUCUUGGCGGUGGUCUUUAAGGACUUCCUGAGAAGUAUCCCACUGAAGCUCCUGUCCUGCGACCUGUUUGAAGAGUGGAUGGGCGCCCUGGAGAAGCAGAGUGAAGAGGACAGGAUCGAGGCCCUGAAGCAGGUUGCAGAUAAGCUCCCGCAGCCCAACCACCUGCUGCUCAAGCACCUGGUCUCCGUGCUCUACGUGAUUAGCAAGAACUCCGAGGUCAACAAGAUGGACGCCAGCAAUCUCGCCAUCUGCAUCGGGCCCAACGUGCUGAGCCCGGAGAAUGAGCAAGACCUGUCCUUCGAAGCCCGGAGAGACCUGAAUGAUAAGGUUAAGACACUGGUGGAAUUCCUCAUCGAUAACUGCUUUGAAAUAUUUGGGGAGAACAUGCCAGGGCAUUCCAGAAUUGCUUCUGAUGACUCCCUGGAACACACUGACAGUUCAGACGUGUCGACCCUGCAGAACGACUCGGCCUAUGACAGCAACGACCCCGACCCUGACGCGGAGCCCAGCAGCGCCGGGGGGUCCCUGAGCAGAUGGCCCCCAGGGUCCUCGGACCCGGCUGCCGGCCUGGAGCCCAGAGGCCCACCGCACCCUUGGGAGCCUGUCCUCAGCAGUGCGCCCAGACUGAAAGGCUCCCUCGGGCAACCAGACAGGAGGUACUCGGACCCCAGCACGGCGGCAUCCUCGCAAGAGUGCCUUGAGGGCAGAAAAGCAAACCCGAAACUCACGCGAAGUGAGGAUGACUUCACCGUGACCCAGGCGGCCCCUCGUUUUGCAAGUGAGGAACCCGAGGACCCGUUUCCAGAGGAGGUGUUUCCUGCAGCGGAAGGCAAAACCCGGAGGCCACGAGACCCGAGGGUGCAGAGCCCGGCUCAGGGUUUGGUGUCACCGUGCACACUGGCCCCCAAAGCCGCCUCCAGCGGCUCCCUGGACGUGCUCUCCGACAGCUCACGCCUGGCUUCUCCUUCCACUCCCAAAAGAAACUUCUUCACCAGACAUCAGUCCUUCACAAAGACUGAGAAAAGUAAGCCCGACAGAGAAAUAAAAAAACACUCCAUGUCAUUCUCCUUUGCCUCUCACCAAAAAGUGUCAACCAAAACCCGCAGCUCUGCUGUGGCUGCAAAAUCCCAGGGCUGCACCAGAGACCAAGUAAAGAAAGGUCUUAAAAAAGAAAGCCAGCUCGCCGGCCGAAUCGUCCAAGAGAACUUGUCUGACGUCCACGGCCAAACAGCUGUGGACUUUAACUCGGGGGCCCACUCCCUCUCGGUGGAGAACGUGUUCCAGCUGGUGGAUCAGAGGAGCCCUGGCGGCCCCCCCUCUUACGAGGAGGCCAUUCGGCACCAGGCCUUGGAGCUCGCCGCCUACGGGAGCCAAACAGUUGGCAGCAUGAGGGCCAGGAUGCUGAGCCUGGACGCCCGGCUACCCCCUCCUCUCCCUGUCCACCACGGAGGGGACUCAAGAAAUACAUGCAGUCAGGAGCCACUGGACGGGCCCCGACUGUGGCCCAGGACUGAGAGCUGGAAGCAGAGCAGGACUGUCUGUGCUUCUAUAGACAUGGCAGGACAGGUGACUGUCACCAGGAGACCUGAGCUGCAUCGGCCGAGAACUGUGUCCGAGUCUCAGCAGAAGAACAAGCAGGCCCUCCUGGCCCGGCGGUGUAGUCAGCCCGUCUUUGAUGCUGAUCAGUUCCGAUUCGCUAAGGAAUCCUACAUCUAG